AUGGAAACCGCUCGCAAGCAGAUUUUCGAAGAGCAGGGCUUCGUUAUUGUCCCUAAUCUCAUUCCUCCUGAAUCUCGCGAUGCACUGGAGAUGGCAGCUGAAACAGUCGUCGCACGGACGCGUUCGGGAAGCUGGAAGAUGCGCAGAACAGUCGGACGGCAGUUUCCCCCUUUUUUCAACGAAGACCAUCCGGACUCAUGGGGCGUGCAGCACAUCAUGCACCCAGAUCUCGGCGAACCCGCAUUCGCACAGUGGUACACCUCGGAUGCCUUGGUGGAUGUGAUAAAAGAGCUCCUAGAGUGCGAGGAGGACGAGUUGCAAAUGGAGUUGUUCAACAUGUUGAUCAACCCGGAAUCCCACGCAUUUGCCUUACGAUGGCACCGCGACGAUGUGCGCGAGAUUGCUACUGUAGACGAAGAACGCAAGGCGUUGGACGUCUGGCAUUGUGGCGUGCAAUGGAACACGGCACUCUACAAUGACUCUUGUCUGUAUGUUGUUCCUGGAUCGCACAAAGUACCACGGACUCCGGAGCAGUGGGCAUUGUCUUCUACUCUGGAUUCUCCGGAUAAUCCGAUGGCUAUGCCAGGUGCAGUCCGAGUGACACUUCAACGUAGGUUCACUGCACUGAAGCAGGCUUCUGCAGCUGGAGAGACCGUGUUCUACAACAACAAUAUCCUACAUUGCGCGACGUAUGACCCCGAGGAACGUCGCGCCACCUUGCAUGCAUCCAUGGGUGACACGCGCGGUGGCGCGACCCGUGCGCGGAAUGUGCUGCAACACGGAUUGAUGUGGAUGAAGGAGGAGCGGUUCCGUGAGACUGUGGAUGAGAGAGGAAAGAAGAUGCUCGAUCGCCUGAUCAAGUUACAAGAGAGCGUGAACGGCGACGUCGGGUAUUCUCUUGAGAACUGAGAUUCAGUGGCUAUGAAAUUCAUACAAGAUGUUUGUACAGUAGUUGCGCUGUGUUUUCGCGCUGUAUCAUACAUGUGGACAAGCUCCAUCGCCGGAUAUACAAAAUGAUGACUUUGGAGAGAUGUGGGAUUGUCGCAAUGUCCAAGGCCAGGCGACCCUCGUUCAGCACCAUUUCUCGCGGUCAAUCUUUGAUUCCAGCACUACGCUCUGCCUUUACCCUUCCCUGAUAUCCUCGCGCUUGCGCUCUCGCCAACGUCUUCGUCGCUUCUGCUCGAUGACGAGGGUCCUGCAAUUGCAUUGCUUAUGGACGGCAUUAUAACUCCAAUGAGAAAUUGUCCACUUUUUGCACGUUUUCUACGAGUUGGCGAUGGAGGUAACACAACUCCCUCGAAUGACUGCUUUCGUGCGCUAA